GUGUGAUUGGUGUCGCAGUGCAACAAGCAAUACGUAUUAUUUUGUAAAACAGCGGAAUCGCAAUUACGUUUUGGCUCAUUGAUUAACGUCUAGAUGUCAAGUCCAGAAGAGUGUAAACUUAAGGGUGGACACCCUCCUGCAGUAAAAGCGGGAGGAAUGAGAAUUAUCCAACAUAAAACACCGAAGGAGGAUCGCGAUGUAAAGCCCCUUAAGGAUGCGGAUGAAAGUAGACCGUCGACCAGUCCACCUAAAACUUUGAUGAUUAGUGGAUAUCCUGCUAAGGGAAACGCAGAUUUUCCACCAGAAGCUGUACAAGUUUUCCAUGAGAAGCCAACACCGACUCAUGAUGCACGUCCAUAUCAUUGUUCACGUCCAAUUCAUAUCCAACAACCUAGGAAGUGAACAAUACGCAUACUCUCCAACAAUGGGCUGCCAAAACAAGAUACCAGUCCAUAUACUUAUCGAUUAAAAAAAAUAAAAAUACAAAAAAAAACAAAUAUGUAUAUGCAAGUGUACUCAUAAGCUUCUGUGGGAUACAAUGAUCAAUAAUUUUGUGUAUCUACAGUCUUCUAAACAUAGGAUCAGUUUCCACGAAGCUACAGUUUCAUAUUAGAUGAAACAAAGUACCUUGCAAGAGUUUAUUACUGUUAAGACAAAAAAAAGAUGUUUAUUUUUAGUGCUGCGUCGCGUGAUUCCUGUAUCGACAUUUAAACGAACAAUUUAUUGCGAUUUUUCAAAGCAUUGUUCGUUUAUCCACGACUGUUAGAUAUAGUAGCACGCUUUUAUCUCGAUUUUGUUACUUUACGGCACUUUAAGGCACUUUAUUAUCCGCAUUACUACCGUAGGGUAUUCGUGAUUAUUGUCUUCGGGACCAGUAUACAUGUAGCGUUCCAAGAAUACUUUAUUAUAAUUUUUUGUUCAAA